AUGGAAAAGGAGCUGACUUUCGCGGGACUCACGGGAUUCGUGAGCCUUCUCAAGCAAGCCGGCCUCAUGUCGGAGCUGGAGGUGCGCGCGCGGAAUGGAUCCGCGCUGUCUCUCUUCGCGCCGACCAACGAAGCGCUCAUGCGCACGGACCCGGCUCUCCUCGCGUUUCUCAAGCUGCCGCGCAACGAAGCCAUGCUGCGCGACGUGCUGCUGUACCACGUCAUUGAGAAGCCCGUGUCGGCCUUCGCGUGGGAAGGUUCCUACACCACGCUGCAGGGCGCGCCGAUUCAACUCCACGUGGACGCGCUCGCGUUUCAAGUCGGUGAAUCGACCGUGAAGCAGUACAAGGCUGUCACCAUGUCCAUGGGCAUGGCCGAAGAGGAGAGCGCGGACGUUUUCGCGGGCACGGUCGUGGUGCACUCUAUGAAUGCGCUGCUCGUGCCGCCUUUUCUGGACGAAACCUUUUUGCACACCGACCUGAACGUGAUCGUCGGCGAAGCAAACGAAUUCGAUGUCGAUCAAGGCUUGUACGGGUCGGACAUCCGGCGGUCCAUGCUCGCUGGGGCGCCGGGUUCCAUGCCUCUUCCAGGCCCUCCUGUCACUCCCCCGCCACCUCCGCCCACGGAAAGCCCGGUCCAGCCGCUCCCUACUCCCCCCCCUCCCACAACCGCGCCUCCGCCUCCCAAGUCUGCUCCUGGUUCGCUGGCCUUCCGACAGCUGCUUCCUACCAUGGGCGUCGCCCUCCUCGCCCUUGUGGCGUUGUUCUUUGAAAAGUUAUCAGCGCACCAUGGGAAAUCAGUGGGGCAUUUUCCAGCGUGCGAGGCAACGGAUUCCGCAGGUGGCAUUUUCCCCAUGGCGAGCGAAUGUUUCCCAGCAAACACAACCUGGACGACUCCCGCCUUCUCAAGAGCAGGCUCCUUCCACAGCCAUUGCACUCCGCAUUGCUCCCCGCGUUCCGCGUCGCUGCUCGCGCCGUUCCCAGCAAGCAGCGCGGCGUCGCCGCGCCACGGGCUCGAUGCGCUCGACGCCCUCAGCGCGUUCGACGCGCUCGUGCUGUCGGGCAGCAAUGUGGCGUUCUGGGUGCAGGUGCAAGGCACGGGCUUGCUUCUGCUCCUCGCUCUCCUGUGGUUCAAGGCCUCUCAAUUGCGCCUCAACGAGGCUCGGAGAAUACUCCGAGAACGCCGCCGCUCCGAAGAACUACUAGUACGCGACGCAGCGCCGGUCACUGCCCGCGAUUUUGCUAGUGGUGGUAGAACCGCUCACCUUGGGAAUCUCUCUCACGAUGCGCGUCACGCGCAGCGGCAUCAGCGCGCCUCGGAGCAGCAGCACCACGUGCAGGACCACUUGCAGCAGCAGCAGCAGCCGCAGCAGCCGCCGCAGCCCCAGCAGCAGCAGCCGCAGCACGAGCUUCCCAAAGUGACCGUCGUUCUCGCCGUGAAAGGCUGCGCGGGCGACGCGGGGAUGAGCAACUGGCGGUCGCAAGUCCAGAUCCGCUACGGCGGCGCGACGGAGUACAUAUUCUGCGUGGAAUCCGCCAACGACCCCGCGUGCCGCGCGGUCAAGACCCUCCAGCGAGAAAUGCGCGGAGUCGCGGAGAUACGCCUCGUCGUGGCGGGCCUCGCGUCGCGCUGCUCGCAGCAGAUCCACAACCAGCUCGCGGGCGCGGCGCGCGCGAAACCGGACUCCAAAUACCUCCUUUUUUUCGACGACGACAUCCAAUCCCACCCCGACACACUCACCCUGCUCGUGACAGCCAUGGAGCGAAAUCCCAGCGCGCUCGUCUGCACGGGGUACUCAUUCGACUUCCCCGGCGCGGACGCGCAAACCAGGCGCAAUCUCGCGGCGUACGCGGCCAUGGCCUACCGCGUGCCCGUGCAGCUCGCCAUGGCGUCGGGCGGGAAGCAGCUGCCCGUGUGGGGCGGCUGCAUGAUGAUCCGCCUCGACGACCUCCGCGCCAACCGCUACGGCAUGGUUUCCGCGCUCUCCGCGCGCGGGUACAGCAACGACCUCACUCUCUCCGCCAUCGCCGCGAGCAACGGCCGCGACGUCGUCUGCCCCGCGGCGGCGAUCUUCCCGGGGAGGCUGUCCGGCUCGUGGACGUUCCAGCGGUACUGGAACUACGUGCGCCGGCAGACGUUCGCGCUCACGACCUUCUGCUCGCCCGUCGCUCUCGCGCUGAACGCGUGCGGGUUGCUGCUGUACGCUUACGGCUCCGCCUGCCUGCUCGCGCCGCUGCUGCCGUCCGCUCUCCGCGUGGCGCGCUUCCUCCUAGCGUUUGCCGCUCGCGGCGAACCUGCGUGGAGGAACCUUCCGAGUACCGGUCCUGACUGGGAUCCCUCGUACCCUUCCAGCCUCACCAGCCUCACCAGCCCCACCAGCCUCUCUGGUCUCUUUGCUCUCCCCAGCUUCACCAGAAGCGCCGCCAUUGCAAACCUGGCCAUUAGAUUCGUCCUGGCCAAUGCGAGCCUCUUCCUCGCGCUGCUGUACCUCUCAAUGCUCGCCCUCGCAACGGUCGCUGUGGUCCGCCUGUUCUAUGGGACGUUCACGCUCUGCAACGUCCUCUCCCCCGAGAAGCCCCCCCUUCGCCUGGGCAGCCUCAGCCUGGUGCUGGGCGUGGCGGGCAUGCUGGUUAAUUUAGCAGUUGUCCCUGUUGUGACGGUGUACACGCUGCUGCAACCCGCGAUUACAUGGGCUGGGAUCACGUACGUGCGGCGCAGGGGACUUAUUGUGGAGGUCAGGCAUCCCCAGCAGCAGCCGCAGGUGGGGCAGCAGCACGGGGAGGAGAGGAGGGACGAGGUUGCAGAGGAGAGGGACAAAGGUGAAGAGGAGGAAAUCGAGGGAACAAAGGAGGUGGAGCUUGAAGAGGAGGAUGCUGAGGAGGAGCAGCAGCAGUGGCUGCUGCCUCCCCUGGCAUCGUCACCAGUUCUUAGCCUCAAGCCGACAGGGUUAGUAGGAGAAGACUAG